AUGGCAUACGGAUCCUACAACGAUGAUUCGAAGAGGAAAAGGAGCUACGUAAUCAUCUCCAUCUCCUCUGCUGUUCUGAUUUCUAUGAUUGUCGCCGUUACCGUCAGCGUCAAUAAGAACGAUAACGGAGGUAACGAAGAAAUCACGACUUCUGUUAAAGCCAUCAAGGAUGUUUGCGCGCCAACGGAUUACAAGAAGACUUGUGAAGAUACUCUAAGGAAAGACGCAAAGAACAUAUCUGAUCCUUUGGAGCUCGUGAAGACAGCGUUUAACGCAACGAUGAAACAGAUAAGUAACGUGGCGAAGAAGUCACAGACGAUGAUUGACCUACAAAAGGAUCCAAGGACAAAGAUGGCUUUAGAUCAAUGCAAGGAGCUAAUGGAUUACGCAAUCGUCGAGCUAACUAAAUCGUUUGAUGAAAUAGGGAGCUUCGAGCUUCACAAGAUGGACGAGGCCUUGAUCAAGCUAAAGAUUUGGCUCAGCGCGACGAUAAGCCACGAGCAAACAUGUCUUGACGGGUUUCAAGGGACACAAGGGAAUAAUAACGCAGGUGAGACGAUGAAGAAGGCAUUGAAAACAGCGGUCCAGUUAACGCAUAACGGGCUUGCAAUGGUCAGCGAGAUGUCGAAUUCCUUGGGACAAAUGCAGUUUCCUGAGCUGAAUAGUCGUCGUUUGCUUUCUCAAGAUCAGUUCCCUUCGUGGCUUGAUGUGCGUGCGCGUAGCCUCUUGAACGUUCCAUCGUCUGAGGCCAAACCAGAUAUGGUGGUGGCUCAGGACGGAAGCGGUCAGUACAAGACGAUCAACGAGGCUUUGCAAAAUGUCCCCAAGAAGAGGAACGCAACGUUCGUUGUUCACAUCAAGGAAGGAAUCUAUAAAGAAUAUGUCCAAGUGAAUAGAAGCAUGCCGGAUCUGGUUUUCAUCGGCGAUGGCCCUGACAAAACAGUUCUCUCCGGCGAUAAAAGUUUCAAGGACGGUAUUACAACCUACCGUACCGCCACCGUUGGAAUCAUUGGAGACCAUUUCAUUGCCAAGAACAUGGGGUUCGAGAACACGGCUGGGGCCAUAAAGCAUCAAGCAGUUGCGAUUAGGGUUUUAUCGGAUGAGUCUAUAUUCUACAACUGUAGAUUCGAUGGUUACCAAGACACUCUCUACGCACAUUCUCACCGUCAGUUUUACCGCGACUGUACUAUCUCCGGAACCAUAGAUUUUCUCUUUGGAGACGCAGCCGCGGUAUUCCAAAACUGUACCUUAUUGGUGAGGAAGCCACUACCAAACCAGGCAUGUCCCAUUACAGCACACGGACGUAAAGAUCCGCGAGAAUCCACAGGGUUUGUGCUUCAAGGGUGUAGAAUUGCUGGAGAAUCUGAUUACUUGGCGGUCAAGGAAACUAGCAAAGCUUAUCUUGGAAGGCCAUGGAAAGAGUAUUCAAAAACUAUCAUCAUGAACACUUUUAUCCCGGAUUUUGUUCCGGCCCAAGGAUGGCAGCCAUGGCAAGGUAAUUUUGGGCUUGACACGCUCUUCUACUCGGAGGUGCGGAACACUGGACCGGGUGCACCAGUCACGAACCGGGUUACUUGGCCAGGAAUCAAGAAGUUGAGUGAAGAAGAAGUUCUUGAAUUCACUCCAUCUCGGUACAUCCAAGGUGACGCUUGGAUUCCGGGUAAAGGUGUUCCGUACACCCCAGGUCUUUUCACCGGAAACGGUUCAGGAACUGAUACGGCUUCCUCCAAUUCCACAACUACCGGUCCAAGCGAACCAGGCUCGGCAAAUUUGACCGGUACUGUAGAUAAUACAGAAACUGGUUCCAGCUCUGGUAUAACAGGGUUUGGUUUGAUAGAUUCUCCAGCCGCUGCACCAGGAGCCUCCAUUAAACCCAAUGGUUUAGGGUCACCUUCAGCUUCUCCAUCAACAACUCCAUCAGCUUCACCUUCAGCUUCACCAUCGGCUUCUCCAUCAACAACUCCAUCAGCUUCACCAUCAGCUUCACCAUCAGCUUCACCAUCAACUUCACCUUCGACUUCUCCAUCGGCUUCAUCUUCAGUCUCACCUUCUGCUUCCCCUUCGCUUUCACCUUCGGCUUCUCCGAAAAGUUCUGUUAUGAGUGCGUCUAACUAG